GCGUGGGGCGAGUGUGUGCGGGUGCACCACCAACCUCGGAACGGGAUUGGGCUUUGGCGGGUGAUGCAGGGAGUCUCCCGCGCUUUUUCGCGCUUGUGCUGCUCCCGCGCUUUUGUUUCGUUUUUGCUCGUGUGUUUGCUGUCGUCGUUUGGGCCCGCUUCCGAACUCGAUUUAUCAUCUGGGUGUUACGACUGCACAUCUUGCUAAAAUAGGUUUGGGGUUAGGUUUGGGAGAGGGAGUGACACCUCUCUCUGUCUCAUCUGUGUCUCUCUCUCUUGUCUAUGCGCCAGUGUUUGCAGUAGAGUAUCCUGUUGGAUAGGGGAGGGGGUGAAUCGCCGAGGUCGCUCGUAGGUGGUCUUGAGUCCAGGGUUGGGAUUAGGUCUGGGAUCGGGAUUGACACCUCUUUCUCUUUCUCUUCUCCUGUCUCUCUUUCUCGUCUCUCUCUCUCUCUCUCUCUCUCCUCUUUGCGCCAGUGCUUGGAGUGAAGAUCUUGAUCGGGAGGUAAAGGUGAUUGAUUGAUUGAUUGAUUGAUUGAUCGAUUGAUUGAUUGGUUGGUUGAUUGAAUGGAGUGCUUGUUUGGCGUUGUUGGCGAUGGAUUCGUCCUAUUGGUUGCUGACACGUCAGCAGUCAGAUCGAUCGUUGUGCAGAAGACUGAUGAGGAUAAGAUCCUGAAUCUGGAUAGUCACCGACUACUGGGAACGAGUGGCGAGCCCGGUGAUAGGGUGUACUUUUCGGAGUACAUUCAGAAGAACAUUCACCUCUACAGGUUUCGAAAUGGCAUCCAGCUGUCAACUGCCGCUGCGGCAAAUUUCGCGAGGGGUGAGCUUGCGAGGGCGCUGAGGAAGAACCCUUAUCACGCGAACAUGCUGUUUGCCGGCUACGACGAAGACGUGGGUCCGUCCCUGUUCUACCUUGAUUACAUCGCUACUCUUCAUAAGAUUCAAAAGGGCGCGAUGGGCUAUGGUGGCUACUUCAUUCUGUCGUUGAUGGACAAGUAUUACAAGCCGGACAUGUCGCUGGAUGAUGCUCUGAAGCUGGUGGACAUGUGCAUUGACGAGAUCCGCAAGAGGUUGGUCGUAGCUCCUCCCAACUUCAUCAUCAAGAUCAUCGACAAGGAUGGCGCACGAACGCACUCAUGGAGAAAGUCAGUUGUUGAAACGUGAGAGACAGAUCUCACCUCAACACACGUGUGUGUGUGUGUGUGUGUGUGUGUGUGUGUGAGAGAGAGAGAGAGAGAGAGAGAGAGAGAGAGAGAGAGAGAGAGAGAGAGCACUCAUGGAGAAAGGCAGUGGUUGAUAGCUGAGAAGCAGCAGCCGGGUUGACGGUUGGGAUCGGGAGGUUGACGGACCACCACAUGAGAGCAAAGUCACAAUCGGAAGCCACGUGGCGCGUAUUAUCUGCGUUUUCAUUCUUAAGGAGAGUCCUAUCCGACUUCCCGACUUCUUUCUAAUCUGUGACACGUUGAGUGGCAGUAUAUGUGACACGUGGAAUAGAGUACGUGAUAAGUGGAACAGAGUACGUGACACGUGGUUUUUAAGGUGGAGGUGAAUCGAACACGUUGCAUGACAAAGGGAAAUGGUCAGGAAGCGUGACAAGUGGACCGUGAUGUAGAUAUGGUGCUCGACUGACGCGUAGGCUGAACAGACUGUGUGCGUGACACGUGGAGUGUGAAGUGGUCAUUGCGAAGUUGAUUGAUCUGCUUUGUACGUGUACUUGCAAUGCAGUGGACAGAAUGCAUGACGCGUGGGCUGCUGCGUGACACGUGGAAUGGAUGACCCUGUGUCACGUGGAGCGUUCAUAAAGAACACUCUGGGUAAUUGACCUUUCGAGAUAUCGGCAAUCACGCGAGAAGAGAAGCAGCGGCCGCGGGUAGAAGCUCGGGAUCGGGAUGUUGACGAAUGGGAUUGGGAUGGGUGUAGCGUGGGCAAACCUUGUGUGAGUGUUGUCGGGAUCGGGAUGUCGAGGAGUGGCAUGCGUUCAGCGCAGCACAGAGCAGCAGAUGUCUGAUGCUUGUGGUUUUGUGCAAGCCCAUGUCGUUGUCGUUUUUCUGCAAGUCCAUGUCGUGGUCCACGAAGAAAAAAGUAGGGAAAGAGGAGGGAAAAAAGAAGUAGGGAAAAAAAAAGGAGGGAAAAAGAGGGAAAAGGAGGAGGGACUUGCCCUAACUGCUGCCUGCUUAACUGCGCAGACAGAGCGUUGUGUCUAGCAGAGUUGUCGGGACUCCGUGCAGUUUUGCUUCGAGAGCUCUGGAGGUGGGAAGACGAGGGAAAAGGAGGAGAAAGGAGGGAAAAAGAGGGAGGAGGAGGAGGAAGGAGGGGAAAAGCAGGGAAGGAGGAGAAAGGAGGGAAAAGGAGGGAGGGAUAAAUCAUACAGUGUGCA